ACGAAAGAACUGCACUCAGCGCUCGCCACCGCCCAGCCUCUCCUUCAGUCCCUCCACUCUUCUCCCAGAGCAACCGGGGCGAGAGGUGGUCCUGAGCCCGAGUGUGGAAAGAGCGAAUCUGUCUGGCUUUUCUCCUGUCUGGCUUCUUCCCCCCUUCUGCUUCCUACUUCUGUGCCAGCGAGCGUGUGAGCCAUGCAGCGAGGAGCCUGGACUCUGCAGUGCACUGCUUUCGCUCUCUUUUGCGCUUGGUGUGCAUCGAACAGUGUAAAAGCGAAGAGGCAGUUUGUGAACGAAUGGGCAGCGGAGAUCCCCGGGGGACCAGAGGCAGCCUCGGCCAUAGCCGAAGAGCUGGGCUACGACCUUUUGGGUCAGAUUGGAUCACUCGAAAAUCAUUACUUACUCAGAUAUAAAAACCAUCCCCGGAGGUCUCGAAGGAGUGCCCUUCAUAUCACUAAGAGAUUAUCUGAUGAUGAUCGUGUUAUAUGGGCUGAACAACAGUAUGGAAAGGAGAGAAGUAAACGUUCAGUUCUAAGAGGCUCAGCAGUAAAUCUCUUCAAUGAUCCGAUGUGGAAUCAGCAGUGGUACUUGCAAGAUACUAGGAUGACUGCAUCCCUGCCCAAGCUGGAUCUCCAUGUGAUACCUGUUUGGCAAAAAGGCAUCACUGGCAAAGGAGUUGUUAUCACUGUACUGGAUGAUGGCUUGGAGUGGAAUCACACAGAUAUCUAUGCCAAUUAUGAUCCAGAGGCUAGCUAUGAUUUUAAUGAUAAUGACCAUGAUCCAUUUCCCCGAUAUGAUCCCACAAAUGAGAACAAACACGGGACCAGAUGCGCAGGAGAAAUUGCCAUGCAAGCAAAUAAUUACAAGUGUGGGGUCGGAGUUGCAUAUGAUGCCAAAGUUGGAGGCAUAAGAAUGUUGGAUGGCAUUGUGACCGAUGCUAUUGAAGCCAGUUCAAUUGGAUUCAAUCCUGGGCAUGUGGACAUUUACAGUGCGAGCUGGGGCCCGAACGACGAUGGGAAAACUGUGGAGGGGCCUGGUCGACUAGCCCAGAAGGCAUUUGAAUAUGGUGUGAAACAGGGGAGACAAGGAAAGGGCUCCAUCUUCGUCUGGGCAUCUGGAAACGGGGGGCGUCAGGGAGAUAACUGUGACUGCGAUGGGUACACAGACAGCAUCUACACCAUCUCCAUCAGCAGUGCCUCGCAGCAGGGCCUGUCCCCCUGGUACGCGGAGAAGUGCUCCUCCACGCUGGCCACCUCGUACAGCAGCGGGGAUUACACUGACCAGCGAAUCACGAGUGCUGACCUGCACAAUGACUGUACGGGGACCCACACGGGCACCUCGGCCUCGGCACCCCUGGCUGCUGGCAUCUUCGCUCUGGCCCUGGAAGCAAAUCCAAAUCUAACCUGGCGAGAUAUGCAGCACUUGGUUGUCUGGACCUCUGAGUAUGACCCACUGGCCAAUAACCCUGGCUGGAAAAAGAAUGGCGCAGGCUUGAUGGUGAACAGUCGGUUUGGAUUCGGGCUGCUAAAUGCCAAAGCUCUGGUGGACUUAGCUGAUCCGAGAACCUGGAACAGUGUGCCUGAGAAGAAAGAGUGUGUGAUAAAGGACAAUGACUUUGAGCCCAGAGCCCUGAAAGCUAAUGGAGAAGUUAUCAUUGAAAUUCCAACAAGAGCUUGUGAGGGACAGGAAAAUGCUAUCAAGUCCCUGGAACAUGUACAAUUUGAAGCAACAAUUGAAUAUUCCCGAAGAGGAGACCUUCAUGUCACACUCACUUCUGCUCUUGGAACCAACACUGUUCUGUUGGCUGAAAGAGAGCGGGAUACAUCUCCUAAUGGCUUUAAAAAUUGGGACUUCAUGUCUGUUCACACAUGGGGAGAGAACCCAGUAGGCACCUGGACUUUGCGAAUUACAGACAUGUCUGGAAGAAUGCAAAAUGAAGGGAGAAUUGUGAACUGGAAGCUGAUUUUGCACGGGACCUCCUCUCAGCCAGAACACAUGAAGCAGCCCCGCGUGUACACGUCCUACAACACCGUGCAGAAUGACAGAAGAGGGGUGGAGAAGGUGGUGGACUCAGGGGAGGAGCAGCCCACAGAAGAGAACCUGAAUGAGAAGCCCCUGACUGAAAAAAGCCUCAGCAGCAGCAGUGGGAGAGACAGAAAGGAUGAGCAGGUGGAGGGAGCCGCAUCCGAGGCCAUGCUGCGACUCCUACAAAGCGCCUUCAGAAGAAACUCACCACCAAAGCAAUCACCAAAGAAGUCUCCAAGUGCAAAGCCCAACAUCCCUUACGAAAAUUUCUACGAAGCCCUGGAAAAGCUGAACAAACCUUCCCACCUUAAAGACACUGAGGACAGUCUGUAUAAUGACUAUGCCGAUGUUUUCUAUAACACCAAACCUUACAAGCACAGAGAUGACCGGCUGCUGCAAGCUCUGGUGGACAUUCUGAGGGAGGAAAACUAAAGGAGUCUGUGAUCCUGAGUUGGAAAUAUUCAUGCUCCUUCCUUACCCAUAGAUUUUGCCUGUGUCUGAAGUGGUUGUUUUUGCCAUUGAUUCUUAUGCUUAUAAUAUCCUUUAUUAUACUUUUUCUUUUUCUCCCCAAAAUGGAUAUUUGAAAGAGAUGAGCUCCAACAGUAAAUCCAACUUCCUGAAUGGA